AUGGUCAAUCCCCACCCAGUUCUGCGCAUAGUGUCAGAACAUUACUACGCCAAGACGACAGAUCGUCCUCGAAUCCUGGCCACACUUACAAGCCCACCAGACCGCUGGCAACACAUAGACUUGCAGCACCUUGAGCAAUCUCUGGAUGCACGGUCGUUCUUCCUCGUCACGAAAUCCCUCGAUUCUUGGUUCGGUCCAAUGGAGCUCGUCACGGAGUAUGAUUCGCUUGGUCCCCUACCUAAGGACAGUCCACUAUCCUCCGACCUGCGAAAGGCAGAUCCAAACGGGGUCGUUCUCAAGGACCACCACUUCCAAUGCGCCGGCCGCAUUUUCUCACAACUCGGGAAUCACGCCACCAAGCUCUACUGGCGAAGCGUCUACGAUGAAGUCUCCCGUUCCCCCGAUGAUGAGGUGACGCUCACGAAGAUGGACGUUCUAACGAACAUGAUGGGCGAGUCGUUGAACAUCGACAUAGCUUCCCCCGCGUUCAAUACUACUCCAAAAAUGGUGACGCUGUUGCAGAUCCUACAGACAUGUGCCCAAUACGGAGACAACUUCCGCGGUGCGAUCUUUGUCAAUGAUGCCCUUGUGGCGGACAAGUUGACGGAACAACUCAACUCAAACCCCGGGAGAUUGUCUUUUAUACACGCCUCCACCGUGCGUAAGGGUCAAGAGAAUGACGUUCUCGGAGCCUUCGAUGCUGGAGAUUACAACCUCCUCGUCCUCACAAGAUCGUUCGCAGACACCGAUUCCUUACAAUGUUCCGUUGUCAUCUGUUUCGAUCUGUUUAGCGACCAUCUAUUAUAUGCAUAUGGACAAAUUCACAGCAAAGGUCGCCAUUCACAUCUUAUACAUAUGGUUGAAAAGGGCAACAACGAGCACAGAAACCUUCUCGCACGUCUUCUAAGCAUCGACGGCGAUCUCAAAACUUGGAUCGCAAACGCGGCUCAUGGUACAAGCAGGGUGCCUCCAAGAAGUACAUGGAUCAGCACAGAUCCUUACAAGUCAGAGGAUGAACAACACGCCAAGAAUGAAAUAGUGGAUCCUACAACUGGCGCAAGAGUGGACAAAGCAGAAGCCGUCACCGCGAUGUAUCGAUACAUAGCAGAAGUUGAUGGCCCAUGCUCCCCGAGGGGUCGGACAGCGAAGAAGGGCUCUAUAGGUACAAACUCUCAUUCCCACCCCAAACAACGCUACCAAGCUACAUUGGUCCCUACUGUCUCACGAAGUGGGAAGCCCGCCGAGAAGUCUGCUAUCAAGCCUGCACCGAACCCGACCUCGCUCACCCCUCUCACCCCGGUCCAGACCGCCAACACCUCGGCGCAGACGCACGGCUACCCCCGCGCGACGCCCACCUUCUGGCGCCACCCCCUCCCCUCCCCGUCCGACCUCUCCGCGGAGCCGACGACGCUCUACCCGACCGUGCUCCGCGCCGCGCCGCUCGUCGUCUCGCCCGCGCAGCUGCGCGACCUGCACGGGUACACGCUGCGCGCGACGCGCUCGCUCACGAACAAGCCGUUCGACUGCGGCUUGGGAGGCCUGCUCGCGUACUGGCGCGCGACGAGGGACGCGCGCUGGCCGCUGCCGCAGCUCGCCGCGCACGUCCCGUGGGACGCGGUGCGGCUCGCCGCGGACUUCUUCGCCGUCCCCGGGCUGGACGAGAUGCUGCAGGACGCGAUUGUGAUCGACCGGAAGGUCGAGCAUACGCUGCGGCACUUUGUGGUGAAGGUGAGGCACGACUUGACGCCGUCGAGCAAGGCGGAGGACAGCCCGCGGGAGGCAGAGUUCUCUAGCUUCUUGGAGUACUGCAAGGCGCGACGCAAGGACUUCCAGGGCCUCGAGUACGACAACCAGCCCAUGAUUGAAGUCAGCGCAGUACCCAGUGCCGCCAACCUGCUGCAUCCCACCGGGAACGGCCCAACUACCCCAACGGCACACCCCUUGAAAUACCUCAUCCCCGAGUUCGCCUACAAGUUCACAAUCCCCGCCAGCACCUACCGCACGCUCCUCCUCCUCCCCUCCCUCUCCGACAAGCUCGACGCGCUCCUGCUCACGAAGGAGCUCAACGCGCGCCUCCUCCACGGCGCCGCGCUCGAGCCCCUGCUGCUCGCCGCGCUCUCCGCGCGCGCGGCGUGGACGGACGCCAACUACGAGCGCCUCGAGUUCCUCGGCGACGCCUUCCUCAAGGCGCUCGCGUCCGCGCACGCGUUCGCCGCCGCGGCGCCGGGCACGGGCGUCGGCGCGCUCCACGCCGCGCGCAAGGACGUGGUGAGCAACCGCGCGCUGCGCGCGGGCGCGACCGCGGUCGGCCUCCCGAGCUUCGUGCGCCACAAGCGGUUCGUCGCGAAGAUGUGGCACCCGCCCGUGCGCGGGGAGGGCGCCGCCGCCGCCGCCGCGAAGAAGGGCGGGAAGGACAAGGGGAAGCGGUCGAAGAAGCAGCGGCAGCUCGAGGAGCUCAACACGCUCUGGAUGGGCGACAAGAUCGUCGCGGACGUCGUCGAGGCGAUCCUCGCCGCCGCUUUCCUCUCCGCCGGCCACGAGGGCGGGCUGCAGGCCGCGCGCAGCCUGCGCGUGCCGCUGCCCAACGUCGCACAGUGGGGAGACUUUGCGCGCAUCCUGGCGCAGAACGACGCGGGCGCGCGGGGCAAGGCGGUGAGCAAGGGCGACGAGAGCAUGCUUGGGGCGAAGGGGUUGGUCGAGCAGGCGCUCGGGGUGACGUUCGUAAGAACGGAUUUGUUUGUGCAGGCUUUGGAUUAUGAAAAACUGGAGUUCAUGGGCGAUGCAGUGCUCGACUUUCUUGUCUCGAGGUACAUCUGGGAACGGCACCCAUGGCUCUCCCCGGGAGGACUCUCUCUGCUCAAAGCCGCGAUGGUGUCGAACCACGCGCUCGCCGCCUUCUGCGUGCACGCGAACCUGCACCACCACAUCCGCUUCGAGUCGCCUGACUUGCGCGACGCGAUUGAAAAGUACGUGGGCGCGCUUGGCGCGCUCCGCAAGAAGGAGUACACGAGCGCGGAGAGCGAGCAGCGCCUGCCCGGGCAGUACUGGCUCGAGCUGCCCAUGGAACCGCCCAAGGUGCUCUCGGACGUCGUCGAGGCGCUCGUCGGGGCGCUCUACGUGGGCGACAACUUCUUCGAGCCCAGCGUCGGUCGCUUCUUCGACGGCGCGUUCCGGCAGUUCGUCGAGGCGCACAUCCGGCUCCAGACGCUCUCCGCGAACCCGAAGGCGACGAUUCUCGAGCUCCUCCAGGCCGAGGGCUGCCAGGAGUGCGCGGUCGUGAAGCGGCCGUCGGUGAAGGCGAGCGGCCCGGUGCAGAUGGAAGUGGUGAUCCACGGCAAGGUGCUGGCGAGCGCGACGGACGCGUCGGCGGCGGUCGCGACGCGGCAGGCGUGCAUGGCGGCGCUGGACACGCUCGCGACGGACCCGGAGCUGCUGGCGCGGACAUGCGACUGCAAGGCGGUUCCGCCGGCAGGGGCGAAGGUGGGCGACGGAGACCGGGCGGCUUCGAAGAUGAAGGAAGAGCCCGAGUAG